AUGUUUGAGGUCGUUGAUCUGAGGUGGGGGGUUCAGAACGCUGAGGCCACCAACUACCUGACCACGGAACUCUGCCUGGAAGAGGUCGACCGGUGUCGGAAAACAUCCGUGGGACCCGCUUUUGUUGCCCUCCUAGGGGACCUGUACGGCCCCCGUCCACUCCCCACGCUGAUCGAGGAGAAGGAGUGGGAGGCACUGAGGGCACAGCUAACAGCCAGGCCGAAGGACCUGGAACUGGUGGCGCAACGCUUCCGGAGGGACGAGAACGCCAUCCCCCCCACCUACGUCCUGCAGGCGCCACGUGCCAGGGAGGCCUGCGGGCCCGAGGAAGCCACCCUGACCUCUGUCCUACACUCCGGAGCCCAGGAGGCCCGGAGGCUGGGCCUCAUCUCGCAGGAGCAGUGGCACCGCUACCACCGGUCAGUCAUCGAAUGGGAGAUAGAGCAGGGCUUGCUGAGCUCAGAGAACGGGGACCAGGGAGCCACCGUCUUCCUUCGAGAAAUCCAAGACCGCAACAAACACAUCCUGGAAGACUGUGCCCUCAAGAUGGUGGACCGGCUCGCGGACGGCUGCCUGGACACCGAUGCCCAGAACCUUCUCAGCGGCCUCAAGGGGCGCAUUGCCGACACGCAGCCGGGAGUCCUCAAGGUCCACCACCUGCUGUGGAGCCGCGACCUGGUGAACCCCAAGAACAGGGCUCAUGCGCGCUACCUGAAGGAGCUGAGUGAGCAGUUUGUGGCCAGGGCCAACCACCAGGUCCUCGAACACCUGCGCGAGCUGGAGGUGGCCCGGCAGGAGCUGGGCUGGCUCUACCAGGAGAUCCGCCACCACCUUUGGCAGAGCGCGGAGGCCACCCGGACCUUCUGCGGACGCCAGGAGCUCCUGGCCCAGCUCGGGCGGAGGCUCAGGCAGAGCGAUGGCAAGCCCCACACGCCGCUGGUGCUCUCGGGCCCUCCGGGCGUUGGAAAGACGGCCUUGCUGUGCAAGCUGGCCGAGCAGAUGCCAGGGCUGCUCGGCCACAGGACGGUGACCGUCCUGCGGCUGCUGGGGACGUCGCAGAUGAGCUCCGACACCCGCAGCCUCCUUAAGGGCAUCUGCUUCCAGGUGUGCCUGGCCUACGGGCUGCCCCUGCCCCCUGCCCAGGUCCUGGGUGCACACACUAGGGUGGUCCAGUUUUUCCAGAUCCUCCUCCACACGGUCUCCUGCAGAAACUUCGAGUCUCUGGUGCUCCUGCUGGAUUCCAUGGACGACCUGGACGUGGCCCACCACACGAGGAGGGUCCCCUGGCUGCCCCUCACGUGCCCCCCGAGGGUGCACCUCAUUCUCUCGGCCUGCUCAGGGCAGCGGGGGGUCUUGAACACCAUGCGGCAGAUGGUCGCAGACCCGGGGGCUUACUGGGAGGUGAAGCCCCUGUCGGGAAACCUGGGGCAAGAGAUGAUCCAGCUCCUGCUGGUGGCUGCGAGAAGGACGCUGACCCCUGUGCAGAGGGACCUGCUCUGGGCCAGCCUCCCGGAGUGCGGGCACCCAGGGCGGCUGAGACUGGCCUUCGAGGAGGCCCGGAAAUGGGCCUCCUUUUCCGUGCCAGCCCCUCUAGCCACCACGGCCGAGGAAGCGACACACCAGCUCUGCACCCGGCUGGAGCAGACACAUGGGCAGCUCCUCGUGGGCCAUGUGCUGGGCUACAUCGUGUCUUCCCGGUACGGGCUCUCAGAGGCGGAGCUGAAGGAUGUCUUGUCCCUGGACGACGAGGUCCUACAGGCCGUGUACCGGGACUGGACCCCGCCCAGCAAGGAGCUGCUGCGGUUCCCGCCCCUGCUGUGGGUGCGGCUCCGUCGGGAUCUGGGCUACUGCCUGGCCCGGCGGCCGGUGGACGGCUUCACGCUCCUGGCCAUCAGCCACAGACAGCUGGUCGAGGUGGUCCGAGAGCGCUACCUGUCGGGGCCCGAGAGAGCCAAGAGGCACAGCGUCUUGGCUGACUUUUUCUCAGGCGCCUGGAGCCAAGGCACCAAGAAACUCAUCACCCUGCCGCUCGUGGGGAAGCCCCUGAACUUGGACCGCAAGGUGGCCCCUCAGCCCCUGUGGUUCUCGGAUGCGGUCGCGAACGUGCGGAAGCUGAAGGAGUUGCCCUAUCACCUGCUCCACUCGGGCCGUUGGGAGGAGCUGAAGCGGGAGGUGCUGGGCAGCAUGAGCUGGAUUACUUGCCGGGGCAUCUCCGGGGACAUUGAGGACCUGCUGGACGAUUUCAACCUGUGUGCCCCUUACCUGGACUGUCCUGAGGUCAGCCUGGUCCAUGAAGCCCUCCAGCUCUGCCGCCCGGCCGUGGAGCUCCGAGGCAUGGAGCGGAGCCUCCUGUACACGGAACUCCUGGCCAGACUCUCUUUCUUCGCCACCUCGCAUAAAGCACUGGUGGGGCCGCUGUGCCAGCAGGCCCAGAGCUGGUUCCGGGUGUGCCCACACCCUGUGCUGGUGCCCCUUGGAGGAUUCCUCCAGCCCCCGGGAGGACCCCUCCGGGCGACCCUCACUGGCUGUCACAAAGGCAUCACUGCCAUGGCGUGGGGCGUGGAGGAGAUGCUGCUGGUGAUUGGCACCCAGGAUGGCAUGGUGGCUGUAUGGGACAUGGAAGAGCAGCAGGUGAUACACAUUCUAACAGGACACACAGGAGAGGUGAGGUGUGUGAAAGUGUUUGCCAACGGGACCCUAGCGGUCUCUGCUUCGAAGGACCACACGCUGCGCUUGUGGAAUUUACUCUCUGGCCAGGAGAAAUUCACCAUUUGGGAUGGAGGCUCGAAAACUCCCACUGAACCUCAGAUCUGGAGCCUUCAUGUGGAUGAAGCAAACAAGGUUAUAUAUUCGACAUCUGGCUCACAGAUCAAUGCUUGGAAUCUGGAAACUGCAGAACUGGUUUUCUGUAUCCUGGGAGAUGCCUCUGAUCCCUGGAUGUGCACGGCCGUGUUCGCCUCCCAGGCCAGGCUGAUGGCAGUGUCCCAGGGUCGCGUGGUCAGUGUGUGGAGCUCUGCCACCGGAAAACCGCAGGGGAAGCAAUGUUUGUCCAGCAUCAGAGAAGGAAGCCCUGCCUGUGCGGUCUCAGUGCAGAAACAAGGAAAGCUGGUCACUGGGUUUAGCAAUGGCUCCAUCUCUCUGGUUUCCUCCGAAGGAGACAGAUUGCUGGAGAAGCUUCCAGAUGCUGCGGGAUUCCUGGUGAUCUCUGAAGAUGAGUCCCUUCUCGCAGCAGGCUUUGGGAGAUGCGUGCGGAUAUUCUUGGCCGACUCACAGGGCUUCCAGCGGUUCACGGCCACCGAUCUGCAACACGAGGACACAGUCCAGACAGCCGUUUUUGGUCCUAAGAACAACCUGAUCGUCACUGGGUCCCUCGACGCGCUCAUUCAGGUGUGGAGUCUGUCGGAACAGGGCACCCUGCUGCACGUCCUCGAAGGCGUCGGGGCCCCUGUGAGCCUGCUGGCCCGGGGUGGGGCUUUGGUGGCAUCUGCUUCCUGGCAGUCCUCAUCUUUCAAAGUCUGGGAUCUUGCCGAUGCUCAGAAACCCCAGGAAUCUGCCCCCUUUCUGGACCGCACUGGCCUCACUGCGGUGUCCCACAACGGAAGCUACGUCUACUUCCCCAAAAUUGGGGACAAAAACAAAGUCACCAUUUGGGACUUGGCAGAAGGUGAGGAACAAGACGUCCUGGACACUUCCAAUGAGAUCAGGUGUCUAGAGGUUGCUGAGCAGUCCAAGCUCCUUUUUACUGGCCUUGUUUCAGGGACUGUCCUGGUGUUCCCCCUGAAUUCCCGGCAGGAUGUGAUGUGCAUCCCCCCUCCCGAGGCCCAGAAAGCCAUCAACUGCAUGUCCUUGAGCAAGGCCGAGGACCAUUUGGCCAUUGCCUAUGACAACAUUGUCCUGGUCCUGGACAUCAGCCCCGGGGACCCCUGUCCAGUCAUCGAUGGGCCAACAUACACCUUUUACACCCAGCUGCCCGAGACCAUAUCCAGCGUGGCCGUGCUGCGUGACUACCGCGUGGUCUACGGCAUGAUGAACGGCGACCUCUUCCUCUAUGAGUGCGCAAAUUCCAAGGUGUUCCCCUUGGAGGCGCACAGGAGCCGAGUCUCCUGCGUGGAGGUCAGCCACGAGGAGCGGCUGGCGGUCAGUGGGUCCGAGGAAGACUUGCUGUGUCUCUGGGACCUGCAGGGCUGCAAGUGGAAAUUCGAGAUGAGCUACACGAGCUCUUACUGCAGAGGGGUCCAAUGCGCUUGCUUCUCCAAGGAUGACAAGUACGUGUUUGCAGGCUUAAAGGAUCGCUCCAUCAUUGUCUGGAGUGUGUUGGAUGGCACCCUGCUGGCUGUCCAGUUUGUCCAUGCUGUGGUAAACAGAAUCAUUCCAACCUCCAAUGGCUUCAUUGCCCCUACCAGACAUGGUUAUCUCAUCCGAGAGCGUUUCCAGUGCCCUUCGUCAAGAGCCUCGCAGCAAGACCCUCUCAAGAACUUCAAGAAGGCAGUGUGGAUGGUCAAAUCCAGGCAGAGAGAAGAGCUGGCUGCAGGUGCAGGAGCACCCCAGGACUUGGGAUCAGAAAGUACCCAGGAAAAUGAAUCCAAAUCAAACAAACGCUCACAAGUCUGCCUGAUUGUAUAGAAACCCCCUGUGGGGACAUGGGGCUCCAAUGAGUUAGUCUCAUUUAAUCUGGUU